AUAUGUGUCCCAAUGUCAGUGGAGUUUGAAGAACUGGCUCAAAUUAGAGAAAAUCCAGCUGAAGAUUAUACAACCCCUGUUGAGUUUACAGAUGAAGAAGGCUAUGGGAAAUAUUUGGACCUUCAUGAAUGUUAUGAAAAAUAUAUCAAUUUAAAAGGGAUAGAGAAAGUGGACUAUAUAACCUAUUUGAGCAUUUUCGACCACCUAUUCGACAUUCCGCGUGAGCGAAAAAACAGUGAAUACCGCAAUUACAUUCGUGCUCUGCUCACCUACUUGAAAGACUUCGUGAGUCGCAUAAAGCCUUUGCAGGAUCAGGCACAAGAAAUGGCACUUGCACAUCAAGAGUUUUUGAAGCAAUGGGAAGCUGGGACAUUCCCUGGGUGGCCGAAAGAAACUGGUGGUGCCCUAACCAAUGUGGGAGCCCAUUUGGAUUUGUCUGCUUUUUCUUCUUGGGAGGAACUCGCUUCUCUUGGUCUUGACAGAUUGAAAUCUGCUUUGAUGGCAUUGGGUCUCAAGUGUGGCGGAACCUUGGAAGAAAGAGCUCAGAGAUUAUUCAGCACGAAAGGUCAAACAGCGCUGGACAAGUCCCUCGUUGCGAAGAAAAGCAACAAGGCUAAGGCAUCCACUCAACAGCGACACAAGGACAUUGCAGCUAUUGAAGCUCAAGUAUAUAGAUUUGCGGGCAUAGUAAGCAGCACACGCGCAGCAACGAUCGAGAACGUGACGCGUCGUGCAGCACGCGCGGCGGGCGAACGGCGCGACGAUAGCGGCGACGAGAGCGACGCUUCCGCAGCGCCCGACAUCGACUCCGACGACGACGAGGUGCCUUACAAUCCCAAGAAUCUGCCCCUCGGGUGGGAUGGCAAGCCAAUUCCAUACUGGCUGUACAAGCUGCACGGUCUUAAUAUUAGCUACACUUGCGAGAUCUGUGGCAAUUACACAUACAAAGGUCCGAAAGCGUUCCAGAGGCACUUCGCGGAAUGGCGACACGCUCACGGCAUGCGCUGUCUCGGCAUUCCUAACACUGCUCACUUUGCUAAUGUCACGCAGAUCGAAGAUGCGCUUGCCUUAUGGGAAAAAAUCAAACACCAGAAGGAGACUGAAAGGUUCGUAGCUGAAAAUGACGAAGAAUAUGAAGACUCUCAAGGGAAUGUUGUUAACCGUAAAACAUACGAAGACUUGAAGCGACAAGGUCUGCUUUAAUAAGUAAAUUUGUUAUAUUGAAAUGUGAAAAUUAUUAAUACUUUAUUAGUAAUAAAUAUACUAAGUUAAGUGUGAGUUCAGUUUUUUUUACAUAGUCCUAUUUCUGUUUGAU